CUCGCUUUUCGUCCUACUCCUAGAUGAAGAAAAAGCACUUCCGCUCUUUCGUCCUGUCAUAGACAACUACUUGGAGCAGCGAGAUAGUCAAGAUGGCAGCCCGUCGUGUGUCCCUGAAGGCUGUUGACUGGUUGGCAUUUGCUGAGCGGGUUCCACCCAACCAGAGGGGCAUGUUCAAUGCACUGAAGACUCGCAGUGAUGCCAUCUCUGCUAAACUAGCCUCUCUGCCAGAGACUCCUGCAACCAUUGACUGGAAUUUAUACAGGACUACAGUGGCCAAAGCUGGGAUGGUUGAUGAGUUUGAGAAGAAGUUCAAAGCCCUGCAGAUCCCCCAGCCUGUUGACACACAGACAAGCGCCAUCAAUGCACAGGAGGCUGAGGCUAACAAAAGUGCAACUGUCUACGUGGCAGAAUCAAAGGCCCGUGUCGCUCAGUUUGAGAAAGAGUUGGAUAAGUUUAAGAACAUGAUCCCCUUCGAUCAAAUGACCAUCGAGGACCUCAAUGAGACCUUCCCUGAGACAAAGUUGGACAAGGUCAAACAUCCUUACUGGCCCCACAAGCCGAUUGCUGAUCUGUAAUUCUAUUACCUUACUCUCGCCUCACAAUAAAGCUUGUAUAUUGUAAAGAA